AUGGAGGUCCUCGGACUGUAUGGGAGACGCCUCCAAUCAUCCAGUGUGGCGCCAGCAACUCUGCAGACUGGUGGUCAGACUGAGAAUGCAGACAAACAAUCAGUUCAAUUACUGAAUCACUCAGUCACUCAGUCGCUCAGUGAGUCUACCUCGGCACCAACUGACAUCAGCGACAGCUCUUGUGCUACUCUGUACCAUGGGCGCACCGCUAAUCCACGCGACUCGAGGUCCCUCGAGUCGGCUUGUUGGUUGAUCGGUGGUGGAGGGACCAGGAAAGGGCGACUGCAUCUAUCGCAUCCGGCUUGGGUUCCGCAAGGUCUAUCGGUACCUGACGACCCUGCGAAGGCUCAUUCAGCCCACGAAGGUCUAGCAUGGCAUCUGCUAGUGGAGAAUCAGGAUGAGGGCGAGCUAGAAGACGGGAGAAGGAAAAGGAGAAUGAUGUGAAUCCCACGCUAGAACUCUCGAGCUUCCUUGGUUGGGUGGGAAUCGAGCUUGUAAGGGCCAAUGAUAUAAGCCUUUUAAGAUGAUAUCGCUUCGCGCGUCUUAGAUAUCUUUUGAUUGCUUGU